AUGCGCUCUAUUCCGUUGCUGGUGGCCGUGUUGGCCAUAGACGUCCCGAUCCGCGAGAAGCGCCAGCUCCAUGAGCUGUCGGCCCGGGGCCCCGUCCACGAUCCGGAGGACCCGAACGUCGGCGCUGAACACCCUCAUGACGAGGUCCUGCGCGAGGAGCGACUAGCUGGCACCCGAGUGCCUGGCCAUGACUUGGCUCCGGAAGACGAAUCGCUGAAGCUGGCUCACACGGGCAUGCCGCGCGACGCCUUCGCCCCGGAAGAGAAAUCGUUGAAGCUGGCCGGCACCCGAGUCCCAGGCCAUGGCUUCGUCGGAGACGAUCUCUUGCAGAAACGGGCCGGCACUCGAGUCCCAGGCCAUGGUUUCGUCGGAGACGAUCUCCUCGAGAAACGGGCCGGCACCCGAGUCCCAGGCCAUGGCUUCGUUGGAGACGAUCUCCUCGACAAACGCCCGCCAAAAGUGGGUGUUCCGAUCGACCGCUUCUUCCGCCUCACGACCGCUUCCACUCUUGUGUUCGAUUGGCCGCAGAGGACCACGCACAAUGCGCACAAUGCACGGCCCUGGGAGUGGAGUUUGCCGACGGGUCGCCCCAACGUCAACGGUGUCUGCAGCCGGUACCGACGUAAAAUCACCUGCCACUCGACGACCCCGUCCUUGCGAGCCAUGCAGUCUCUCGUCCUCUACGACAAGUACUACAAAGAGGUCUACCAAGUGGGCUCGUGCAGCAAGAAUUUGACGGUGGGAAUCUCUUGCGAUGGCAAAGACUCUUACUAUACGGUGUUGGACAAGCCGGACAUCGAGUUCGCGUUCUUCUCCUGCGCCCUCGAGGCGGACCUCAACUGCCCUGCA